AUAGAUUACUGUCAAUCGAGAGGAGGGCUGCAGAUUUUAGUCGAAUUUGAUGGGUUGGAACUGGAAAGCGAAGAAGCGGAGUGAGGAAGGAGAUGAAAACAGAGUCUUCCAACCGCAGAUUUCGCGUGAUUUGGGUUCCUCAAUAUUACAGAUACAGAAUCUUCCUUGUCUCGUCUACGUUUCGAAACCCAUAAAACCAACUCGACACAGUAAUUCACGAGCAGAGCCCAGAUGCAGAAAGAGCCAAAACGAUUAGUAACAGCAACGUUGCAACUCAGAACACUAAACUACAGAAUUAGGUGUCAUUCAAACUGGGUUACUUCACAGCUUAUGGCCUCAUUAGGAAAUCAACGAGUAAUUAAUUAUCCUGCUGGCUCUCUUCAUGCACUCACUGAAAAUAGGCAUUCCACCCAGGGGUUUUCACGACCCGGUUGCACUCUCAAUCCUGUCCCUCGUUCUUAUCGUGAUCGAACGUUACAUUACUCUUUGAUACGAUGCACUAGAGUAGACCGACUCUGCUUCGGUACGAAUACAAGCAACACAAAAAACAGAAGACGAGACUUGUUUCUGGGUUGCUCUCAGAGGGGGUGAAAAUGGCUGAUGCUCAGGGGAAUUCAUCAGCAUCAUCAUCAACAUUGGACUCUCUUUCUCCUGUCGAUGAUGUUACUGACGUCAAGCAUGACACCAAUCCGGAAACAGGAGAAGAAUUCUUUCACGACAAAGAACAAGAAGGAGAUGAAGGAGAAGGAGAAGGAGAAGAAGAAGAAGAAGAUAGAGAAGAAUAUGAAGAUGAAGAAGAUGAGGAAGAGGAAGCAAACCUGAAUUCUGCAGCUGCGGAAGAAGAAAAUCCAUUCCAGGUAUUAAUUUGUGCAUGGGAAUUUACAAGGCGAGCGGAAAUAAGGAGAAAUUUACGGGCAUUGAGAGGAGAACUGGAUGAUCCUCUGAAUAAACGAUGCACUCGUUGUAAACUAAGAGGACAUGUUUGUUUGGACUGCCCCCUGCCACUUCGCUUCAUACCUUGGCAUCAUAGGUGGGGCACUGUACCUCAGCAAAACCCUGUGCAGCCAAAUGAGGCACACUCUCCUGGACAAGGACAAGCAACAAGUCCGUCGAAGGGUGGAUGUACUGGUUCAAGUUCUCAGGAAGUUGAUCCUGAGACUGCAGUUCCAUCCCUUUCAAGUGAAAGGGCUAGCCAACUCGGGAAAAGGAAAUCAGAAUCAGGAAGCAGAACGGGCUCUCCGACUGGAAAGCUCUGAGACGCUAGUAAUAUUAUAUAGAUCUUGCGGGUUUGGUGGCAUUUGAUGGCUAUGAGCUCCUUUCAUAACUUGAAAGGUUUCUUUUUAUUCAGACAUUAAACAGGAACAUUCCUUUUCU